AGCAAGCCGACGUGCGUUAAAGCUCUCAAGCGGGAAAAGGUGAGGCUGGCGGCCUGCGGGAGGAACCACACCCUCGUGUGCACAGACGACGGCGCCGUGUACGCGGCCGGGGGCAACGGCGAGGGGCAGCUGGGGCUCGGCGACACCGACGACCGCGACUCCUUCCACCGCCUCGGCGCCUUCUCCCCGCGGGACCCAGUCAGGCAGCUCGCCGCGGGCGUGCACACCUCGGCCGCGCUCACCGAUUUCCCCGUGCAUUGGCACACGCAGGUCGCCUGCGGCGGGUGUCACACGCUCGUCUUCGCCACCCCCCGGCCCGGUGCGGCAGAGGAGGAGUCUGAGUUCGAGGAGCUGCGCGAGCCCGGCCUGGGCACAACCGCGCUGCACAGAUCGUUGUCGGCGCGGGUGCGGCGGAGAGAGCGGGAGCAACCGCCAGGCCCCGCAUCCGCCCCGCCCCCCGGCUCCGCCCCCUUCCGCGCGUCGGCCGACUUCUCCGGGCGCAGCUCCCCGGGCUCAGGUGAGCGGGGUCCACGCUCGGUUUGCACACGUGGGAUCAGCCCCGGCGUGCAAAUCCCAUGGCGUGGGACGUGCGGGACCCCGCGAGUGUGCAAAAAUGAUUGUGUUUGUUGCACUUUCCAGAGUCCAGACUUUGCGGAGGAGGCGGCGGACAGACAGCAUCUCGCGGACGGCGUCUUCACGGUGCGGCCCGCCGCGGUCACGGGUGCGAUUUCAGACGUGGACGUGGACGGCGGCGUGGACGGUUUACAAAAACGGGAACCGGAACCGGAAAACGUUGAGGACGGCGCCGCGGAGACGGGGGAAACCGAGGAAACGGGCGCGGACGAGGUCGACGACGUCGUGGACGGGGCCGAGAGUGGGAAAUCGGAUUUAUUCUCCGUGGACUCGCGGGACCGAGACGUGGACUCCGGGAGCGGAGGGAGCGAGUGCGAGGAGAGCGAGCGGGAUUUGGUCUCGGACAGCGAAGCGGACGCGGAAGGAGAAAGUCGGUCGGAGGAGCCGCCCAAGCCAGUCGCAGCCGGUCGCGGCCACGACGAGAAAGAUGGCGGCCACGGCGACGACGAGAAAGAUGGCGGCCACGGCGACGACAAGAAAGAUGGCGGCCACGGCGAGGACGCGGACGUGGAAACCGGGUGCGGCCUGUGGUUCGCCGGGAAAGGCGCCGAGCGCGAGAGUGGGGGCGAGGCCGCGGCGGGCGUGCAGGGUGCGAAAUACGACGUCGGGUACGAGCAGCUGUCGGGGAUCCCCGAGGAGCAGGAGGGAGGAGGAGACGAGGAGAGGGGGGCGGAGCCCUCGGCGGACGUCAGCGCGGAGGAGGAUCAGCUGACGCCGGAGCCGGGGGAUUCGGACGAGCAGAGCGGCGCCCCAAAUUUUGUAGAAGAAGAAGAGGAAGAAAAGAGGGAAAAAUGGGAGGGACGCGGAGGAGGAGGAGGAGGAACGGUGGAUGCUUUCGAUGGCGGGGACCCAGAUGACGCCGUUAAAGAGGCAGAGGGAGUCGGCCUGACGCCAAGGGACCUGCGCGAGUACAACGAGAACCCUAAAGGGCACCUGUGUGGCCGUGUGAAGAGCAUUUCCUCAGAAAUCCUGGGAGGCGGCGAAGCCGUAAGCAGACCCAAGAAGGUGAGUGAAAGGAGUUUUGCGUGCAAUAUUCUCAUUGUUACAUUUAUUUAUUUAUUUAUUAUGUGUACAGUAUUCUAAUUCUUUUUUGAUUCAUUAAUCAUGCAUGCAAAUAUUCUAAUUUCUACAUUUAUUCAUUUAUCGUGCAUGCAAUAUUCUAAUUUCUAUAUUUAUUUAUUGAUCGUGUGCCACGGACCGUCCCUCCCGGAGACCACUAUCCACGGGAGACCAGGGUGAAGGAUAGGAUAGUCAGGAUACGAUGCAAGGGAAAUGACAGACAGACACACUGUGUCGUGAAAAUCUGCUGCGAUUUUACUUCUGCAAAGCUUCAGUUUUUGUACAAAACAGAUCAAAG